UCCUAUAAAAGCACUGAAGCAAAGCCAUUUAAAAGGCAGUGCACUGAGUAACAAACAGAAAUGAAGGCCUUUCUCUUAAGUUUUGCAUUACUAUAGCCAGAUGUAGCCCUCUUGCCAAUGAUCAGUUACUUAUAUGCAAGUUUUUUGAAAAUGUCCAGUCCAUCCAAGACAAACUUUGGGAAGAAAAGUUCCAUAAUUUCAAGACUGUGCUGGAGGAGACAAUCUCAGCCAUGAAACCUUAUCCCGAAUACAGUGAAACUAUGACCAAUCUUCAGGACUACCUCGAGCGAGGAGUGGCUGUUACUGACUCUAGUUCUCUACAGAAAAAGAUAGAAUAUCUGCAGGGUUGUAGUUCCCUUUAUCCCAAUCCAGCUAUAGACUUUACUUCCGACAAGGGGAGAAGGAUCUACAAGCCCUUUCAGGACUAUGAGCUGAAGAUGAUGGCCGCCUAUGUGCCUUUUCAAUCUAAAAUAGUAUCUGCCAUCGAAGAAGUAAAGCUGAAAGUCAGCCCAGAAACUAAGUCAGAUAAGCCGGAUCUUUUCACACUCAUAGACCAUUAUCCGACAAAGAGCGGGGAGCAGACAGAAGCCAUUGGGUUUUCCAUUCUAGCCCUCCGAGACCAACAUCAGUGUGCCUGAAAUUCUACAAACUGUUUGAUUAAUAAACACAUUUCCAUCUAUAAGUAGGCAGUCUCUACACUCUAUUUCCCUGGAGUUCACUUUCUUGGGUUUUGUAAACAGAGACAAUAAGUGAUAAGCUCUAUAUUCUGGAAGAUCUAUACUCCAAAAAGCCUAUAAAAGCCAUUGAGCCUUGGGGGAGGCUCAGUUUUAAUUCAAAACACUUGAAGAUGCGUGCUCUCUUCCUAAUUGUUGGCCUGGUGCUGAUGACUAGUGCCAGUGCCUACCCAGGAUCGUACAGAAACCUAAUCUGCAACUUUCUAAACGAUGUGGCCACUUUUCAACGCGAUGCCUAUAGCGCCGCGAUACAUUCCACCAAGUCAGUUGUGACGGAAAUGAUCAACGACCUGUCCACCUGCGAGGGCCUCCAGCCUCAGAUGAGGAUCCUUAAGGACUAUCUGGAUCGCGGCAAAUCGAUUAGUUCCAGGAGCUCUAUAGAGGACCAGCAGGAGUUCCUCGCCGCCUUUCCCACCAACUUCAAUCUGACCUCAAAGUCCUUAGAGUCCUGCAUGCAUGCGCCGCCCAUGUUGGGUCGCACUAUCCUAGGAUUCGUGUCCAGCGCCUUCUGCGAGUUCCCCGAACUGGAGAAGAGGAUCAUCAAGGGCGGAAAUCACCUGAAAGAGGAGCUAGAUGAGGACAUGCUGGCUCAGGAGACUCAGCUGUUCCAGCUACUGGAUAACUUUGAGAAGGAGACUGACCGGGUGAAGCGGAAUAACUUGGCAGAUCAGAUCUCUAAAAUGGAAAAUGACUGUUUAUAAUACAUUACUUUAUUAAUUUCUAUAUAUUUCAUAUUAAAAUAAACAUUAUUUCACUUC